GACGAGCAGUAGCGAUAACAUUAGGAUGGAGGAUUUGCAAAGGUCUCUGACGGUCCUUUCUGAUCCUCAAAAAGCAUUGGUUCGCAAACUUUGCUCGCUGGGACAGUCACACUUGUUUGCCAAGUGGCCCUGCAACACGUCUCCCACCUCUAGGCGGAAACUCGCUACGCAGCUUCAGGAGCUCGACGAGGCCUACGCAGAUGGAGGUCUUGAAGGCUACAUAAAUAACGCGAAGCGAUUGUUGUCGGACAGCCGAGAAGGAGUUAAUCCGCUCGAAGGCUGGGAGCCAAGCGUUCCUGAAGGGGAGCGUUUCGACCUCGGAACGAAAGAGUUCGAGGAAACAGAGUCGGCUGGACGUCCAGAACUCGGCAAGGUUGGAUUUGUGCUUGUAGCGGGAGGUCUUGGUGAACGUCUCGGCUACAGUAGCAUCAAAGUCGGUUUACCCACAGAAAUGGCUACUGAAACAUGCUACCUCCAGUACUACAUUGAAUAUAUCUUAGCGGUCCAGGUCAAGUAUGGCGAAGGCAAACGUUUGCCGCUAUGUAUCAUGACUUCGGGCGACACGAACGAGAAGACAGCAAAGCUACUCCGCAAAAACAAUUAUUUUGGUAUGCAGAAGUCGCAAAUCACCAUCGUCCAGCAAGGGCAGGGAGUCCCUGCACUCAUGGAUAACAACGCCAAAAUGGUGCUGGAAGAGAAUGAUUCCUCCAAGAUCGUCACGAAACCUCACGGACACGGUGAUGUUCACGCCUUACUAUACACUCACGGAGUGGCUAAACGGUGGUUAAGCGACGGUAUUGAAUGGUUAACGCUAUUUCAAGACACGAACGGUCUUGCAUUUCACACACUUCCUUUGAUGCUAGGUGUUUCCAAAAAGUUGGACCUGAUUAUGAAUUCGUUGGCUGUGCCUCGGAAAGCGAAGCAGGCAAUUGGUGGAAUUGCCAAACUGAAGCAUCAAACAACGGGAGAGUACAAGACACUGAACGUCGAGUACAAUCAGCUAGAUCCUCUGCUACGAGCUACCGGCAAUCUCGACGGCGACGUCAAUGAUGAAAAAACAGGUUAUUCUCCCUUUCCCGGAAACAUCAACCAGCUCCUCUUUAAGCUCGACGCGUACAGUGAUGCUCUAAAUCGUACGAAAGGCCUCAUGCCAGAGUUCGUCAAUCCAAAAUACAAGGACGACGCCAAGACAGUCUUUAAAAAGCCUACCCGACUGGAGUGCAUGAUGCAGGACUUUCCCACCAUCCUCGAAGGCGAAGACGCGAAAAGAGUGGGCUUCACCUCCGUCAGUGCGGACUUGUGUUUUUCGCCCGUCAAGAACGCUACUUCGGACGGAGCAGAAUUACAGGCCCAAAACACUCAACCAGGUACUGCCGCGAGUGGGGAAGCCGACCAAUUUGGCGCGGUACGGAAGAUCCUAGUGUCGCUUGGAUGCCAUGUGGAAACAGCGUCGGAGGAAACGUACGCGGGUAUCCAGGUUGUGCCCGGUCCGGCUAUUGUGAUCAAACCCAAUGCCGCGUGCUGUCCGGGCGAGUAUCAUCGCCUGUUUCCGACGCCGGACAAGGUGAAGAUCAGCGCGAACUCGACCCUGAUUGUCCGCGGAUCCGAGGUUACAAUUGAAAGUCUGGAUUUGGAUGGAACGCUUGUGGUCGACGCCGACGAAAACAAGUCGAUUGUAGUAAAAGACAAGAUUGUCAAGAAUGAAGGAUGGGUCAAGGUGGCCGACGACUCAAGCGAUGACGAAAUAAUAAAAAUGCGGGGCUACUAUAUCCUUCGCAAAGAGGCAGACUGGAUCGAAGAAAAGAACAAUUCUUGUGCAAUUUUGUAAGCCAUGAUUUCAGUUGUAACAGAUUUAAAGCGAUAUUUAGAUGACGCCAACUCUGUUAGCAACAUCAAGAGCAUCGUGGUCCUUGCUCAGUCGAACGUAGCUUUUUUUCAGUCCCCGCGGAGUAAUGAGAGUAUUGACCUUUUCGCAUUCGAUGUUGUAGAGGUCACGAACGGCAGCCUUGAUCUGACGCUUGUUCGCCUUGAUAUCAACAAUGAAAACCAAUGUGUUGCUGUCUUCGAUCAAUUUCAUUGAGGACUCAGUGGUAAGAGGGUACUUGAUGAUAGAGUGCUUAUCCAGAGUGUUCUUCUUGGGGGUGCUGGAGGCCUGGUAUUUAGGCUUCCGGUCAUGCUUAAGAGUCUUGGGCUUGUAGAAAUGAACCUUUGUAUGAAUUCGGGUGCCCUUUUUGGAGAUACCCUU